AUGCCGACGUGGUUGGAGAGAGGCUCGGAGGGCCCAAGAUCGGAGGCCAAACACGCUCGAGGCUCCAGUGUUCAGGCCGCGAAGGGCGGCAACAAGUUCGACAGGUGGGAGAUGGCGCUGCUCAUGACGAUCGCGAAGAUGGUGCUGCCGGGCGCCCGCCAGAUCGCGUCUCUAGAAGGCACUGUGUACGAGACGUACUUCGCGAAGGAGGAGUUGCCUACGACAAGGAAUCGCACGCAGAAGCUCAAGGAGCACGACAAGGCUGGCGAGACGAUCGACUACAAGGCUCGAGGAGCCCCAUACGUUCAGGUCUACAACAUGGUGAUCAGGCGCGUGCUGGACAAGAUCGGCCCCGACGGCCCGCACAAGGACGAGGCCCAGUACAGGGCGGAGAAGAGCUCCUGGGACGAAGUGGUGAUGAAGAGGCCCUCGCAGACCGCGGCGAUGGACGUGCUGCACCUCAAAUACAAGCGGGCGAGCAAAAGCUCGAGGCAGGGCGUGCUGAGCCUGGCCGUUUCCGUGAGGGGGAGGAUCGUGGCAGGCAUGUGGGCGAUUGUGCUCGAGUACACGGACGACAGGACCCGCGCCGCGGGGAUCGGCGAAACCCACGCGAGCAAGGGCGGGGGCAAGGGCAACAAAUGA